AGCCAAUAUCAUUGCAGCUUGUGCUAUGACAUCACAGUGACAUCACUCACACCUCUGGGCGGUGACCAAUCAGAGCCCAUGUGGGGCUAUAUAGAGGGAGAUUUUGGAAGAGUACAUUGGGUCACCCUGAAGUUUGCUCCGUCUCUACAGCAGGUCCAGCCCGAUCUUCAACCAUGCCUUUCGGAAACACCCACAACGCCUACAAGCUGAAGUUCUCAAAUGAUGACGAAUAUCCCGACCUCUCAAAACACAACAAUCAUAUGGCCAAGGUCUUGACCCCAGAUAUCUACAAGAAGCUCAGAGACAAAUCAACCCCAAGUGGCUUCACCCUGGAUGAUGUGAUCCAGACUGGAGUGGACAACCCAGGUCACCCCUUUAUCAUGACCGUAGGUUGUGUAGCAGGAGAUGAGGAAUGCUAUGAAGUCUUCAAGGAACUUCUGGACCCAGUCAUUGAAGACCGUCACAAUGGCUACAAGCCCACUGACAAACACAAGACCGACCUUAACUUCAACAACCUUAAGGGUGGUGACGAUCUGGACCCAAACUAUGUCCUAAGCUCCCGUGUGAGGACUGGACGUAGCAUCAAGGGAUACACCCUGCCCCCCCACUGCAGCCGUGGUGAGCGUCGCGCCAUUGAGAAGCUGUCCAUUCAAGCCCUGAAUAGCUUGAGUGGAGAGUUCAAGGGUAAAUACUACCCUCUGAAGGACAUGACUGAAGCUGAACAACAGCAACUCAUUGAUGACCACUUCCUGUUUGACAAGCCUGUGUCCCCUCUGCUCCUGGCAGCUGGUAUGGGCCGUGACUGGCCUGAUGCCCGUGGUAUCUGGCACAACGAUAACAAAACCUUCUUGGUGUGGGUUAAUGAGGAGGACCAUCUGAGAGUCAUCUCCAUGCAACAGGGUGGUAACAUGAAGGAAGUCUUCAAACGUUUCUGUGAGGGUCUGAUAAAGAUUGAAGAGAUCUUCAAGAAGGCAGGUCACCCCUUCAGUUGGAACGAGCAUCUGGGUUACAUCCUUACCUGCCCAUCUAACCUUGGUACAGGUCUAAGAGGUGGUGUGCACGUCAAACUGCCCAACCUUAGCAAGCACCCCAAAUUCGAGGAAAUCCUGACCAGACUUCGUCUACAGAAGAGAGGAACAGGUGGUGUAGACACUGCUGCAGUUGGUGGAGUUUUUGACAUCUCUAAUGCUGACAGAUUGGGCUUCUCUGAGGUGGAACAGGUCCAAAUGGUCGUAGAUGGUGUCAAACUAAUGAUUGAAAUUGAAAAGAAAUUAGAGAAGGGACAGCCUAUCGAUGAUAUGGUGCCAGCACAGAAGUAGAAAACUGAACAGAGACCGAGCUUGACUGCCCAUCCCCCAGGAGAAUCACCAGUAAAGGGGUGGGUAAGGAGACCCCAGGAAGAUCUUAGAAGAGGUUAGAUGGAAGCCCAUCAAUUAGAAGAUAACAUCAGUGAUGGGGACAGGAAAUGAGAGACAAACCAGAGACCAUCAGGCGUUGGCAAAAUACUACAAUCAUAAGUUGAUAUCUGUUAUAACAAUGUAAAAUGGAUAAGUCUAUAGACGAUAUCUGUUGCUGUAAAAGGUUGAAUCUCUAUUUCACCCCACACAUUUUUUUAUGACUAGCCUGAAGACCGGCUAAAGACAAUAAAAUUAUAACCUCUAA